GUGUCUGUGUCGUCAGUGCUGUGUCUGUCGUCUGUGAGAGAGUUACCAGUCCAGGUGAGGGAGCUGUACGGUCAGGGCUUUGUCCUGGUGGCUGUCCAUCCCUUCGUCCACCCCUGUGGCCCCAGGCCCGCACGCAUCCAACGCCAGCUACACAGAGCCAUCCUCAUCAGAGAGACACACAGGUACGGAAACACACACACAUAGUCUCACUCACUCCCUCACACACAUACUCACACACACACUCACACACACACACACACACUCACUCACACACAUAGUCUCACUCACUCCCACACACACACACACUCACACACACACACAUACAUACACUCUCAUUUCCCUCAUUCAAUAACUGCUACACAGAACAUAGAGACACAUAGUUAGGUAAUACCUUUCUCACCAGCAGGAGCCUCAUCGGAAUUAAUUUCCCACCCACAGAAUCUGUGAAAUGGAAGCAAAAUCCUAUUCUCUUCCCGGGAUUUUCGGGAGUGAUCUAUUCUCAACCGUGGAAUGUGUAGAUGGGGAAAUGUAUACAUCAUCUUUUUCUUUCACACUCCCACACACACACACACACACAUACACAUACACACACACACACACACACACACACACACACACACACAGUUGGGUGCUUGGCUGCUCCUUUAUGCCCCUCCUGCCAAGUGGCACCUGUCACCGUGGAGACGGCUGAUUGUAUCAUCAGCACCCACCGGAGGGGAACAAUGUGCAAAGAGAGGGGAACCAUGAGGCCUCCUCUCCUCUCCUCCUUUCAUCUCUCCAUCACUUUAUUACUCUCCUCUCUCCAUCUCCCACCUCUCUCCAUCUCUCUCCUCUCUCCAUCUCUCUCCUCUCUCCAUCUCCCUCCUCUCUCCAUCUCUCUCCGCUCUCCAUCUCCCACCUCUCUCUCUCUCCAUCUCUCUCCAUCUCCCACCUCUCUCAAUCUCCCACCUCUCGCCAUCUCCCACCUCUCUCCAUCUCUCUCCUCUCUCCAUCUCUCUCCUCUCUCCAUCUCCCACCUCUCUCCAUCUCUCUCCUCUCUCCAUCUCCCACCUCUCUCCAUCUCCCCCUCUCUCCAUCUCUCUCCUCUCUCCAUCUCUCUCCUCUCUCCAUCUCUCUCCUCUCUCCAUCUCCCACCUCUCUUCCAUCUCUCCCUCUCCAUCCCCCAUCUCCACCUCUCUCCAUCUCUCUCCUCUCCUCUCCAUCUCUCCUCCUCUCUCCAUCUCUCCUCCUCUCUCCAGUCUCCCACCUCCUCCAUCUCCCCUCUCUCCAUCUCCCACCUCUCUCAUCUCCCACCUCUCUCAUCUCCCACCGUCUCUCCAUCUCUCUAUCUCCCACCUCUCUCCCAUCUCCCCACCUCUCUCCAUCUCUCUCCUCUCUCCUUCUCCCACGCUCUCCCUCCUCCACCCUCUCCAUCUCCUCACCUCUCUCCAUCUCUCUCCUCUCUCCAUCUCCCACCUCUCUCCAUCUCCCACCUCUCUCCAUCUCCCACCUCUCUCCAUCUCCCACCUCUCUCCAUCGCUCUCCUCUCUCACCAUCUCUCUCCUCUCUCCAUCGCUCUCCUCUCUCCAUCUCUCUCCUCUCCCCAUCUCUCCUCUUUCAUCUCUCUCCUCUCUUCAUCUCUCUCCUCUUUAUCUCUCUCCUCUCUCAAUCACUCUCCUCUCUCCAUCUCUCUCCUCUCUCCAUCUCUCUCCUCUCCAUUGCUCACCUCUCUCCAUCGCUCACCUCUCUCCAUCGCUCACCUCUCUCUCCAUCUCUCUCCUCUCCUCUCCAUCUCUCUCCUCUCUCUCCAUCGCUCUCCUCUCUCCAUCUCUCUCCUCUCUCCUCUCUCUCCAUCUCUCUCCUCUCUCUCCAUCUCUCUCCUCUCUCUCCAUCGCUCUCCUCUCUCCAUCUCUCUCCUCUCUCCUCUCUCUUCAUCUCUCUCCUCUCUCCUCCUCUCCUUUCCUCCUCCUCUCCUAUCACCCAGGAGGCUGUCAUCAAAAACCUUUGACUGGUUUAACAUGUCUAAACAUGUUAUAGAUGCUGUCUGAAGAUGUUAUAGAUGUCUGAAGAUGCUAUAGAUGUGUUAUAGAUGCUGUCUGAAGAUGUUAUAGAUGUGUUAUAGAUGCUGUCUGAAGAUGUUAUAGAUGCUGUCUGAAGAUGUUAUAGAUGUGUUAUAGAUGCUGUCUGAAGAUGUUAUAGAUGCUGUCUGAAGAUGUUAUAGAUGCUGUCUGAAGAUGUUAUAGAUGCUGUCUGAACAAUGGUAUAGAUGUGUUAUAGAUGCUGUCUGAAGAUGUUAUAGAUGCUGUCUGAACAUUGUAUAGAUGUGUUAUAGAUGCUGUCUGAAGAUGUUAUAGAUGCUGUCUGAACAUGGUAUAGAUGUGUUAUAAAUGCUGUCUGAACAUGGUAUAGAUGUGUUAUAGAUGCUGUCUGAACAUGGUAUAGAUGUGUUAUAGAUGCUGUCUGAACAUGGUAUAGAUGUGUUAUAGAUGCUGUCUGAACAUGGUAUAGAUGUGUUAUAGAUGCUGUCUGAAAUUGUUAUAGAUGCUGUCUGAACAUGGUAUAGAUGUGUUCUAAAUGCUGUCUGAACAUGGUAUAGAUGUGUUAUAGAUGCUGUCUGAAAUUGUUAUAGAUGCUGUCUGAUCAUGAUAUAGAUGUGUUAUAAAUGCUGUCUGAACAUGGUAUAGAUGUGUUAUAGAUGCUGUCUGAAAUUGUUAUAGAUGCUGUCUGAACAUGGUAUAGAUGUGUUCUAAAUGCUGUCUGAACAUGGUAUAGAUGUGUUAUAGAUGCUGUCUGAAAUUGUUAUAGAUGCUGUCUGAACAUGGUAUAGAUGUGUUAUAGAUGCUGUCUGAACAUGGUAUAGAUGUGUUAUAGAUGCUGUCUGAACAUGGUAUAGAUGUGUUAUAGAUGCUGUCUGAUAAUGGUAUAGAUGUGUUAUAGAUGCUGUCUGAAGAUGGUAUAGAUGUGUUAUAGAUGCUGUCUGAACAUGGUAUAGAUGUGUUAUAAAUGCUGUCUGAACAUGGUAUAAAUGUUUUAUAGAUGCUGUCUGAACAUGGUAUAGAUGUGUUAUAGAUGCUGUCUGAACAUGGUAUAGAUGUGUUAUAAAUGCUGUCUGAACAUGGUAUAGAUGUGUUAUAGAUGCUGUCUGAACAUGGUAUAGAUGUGUUAUAGAUGCUGUCUGAACAUGGUAUAGAUGUGUUAUAGAUGCUGUCUGAACAUGGCAUAGAUGUGUUAUAAAUGCUGUCUGAACAUGGUAUAAAUGUUUUAUAGAUGCUGUCUGAACAUGGUAUAGAUGUGUUAUAGAUGCUGUCUGAACAUGGUAUAGAUGUGUUAUAAAUGCUGUCUGAACAUGGUAUAGAUGUGUUAUAGAUGCUGUCUGAACAUGGUAUAGAUGUGUUAUAGAUGCUGUCUGAACAUGGUAUAGAUGUGUUAUAAAUGCUGUCUGAACAUGGUAUAAAUGUUUUAUAGAUGCUGUCUGAACAUGGUAUAGAUGUGUUAUAGAUGCUGUCUGAACAUGGUAUAGAUGUGUUAUAAAUGCUGUCUGAACAUGGUAUAGAUGUGUUAUAGAUGCUGUCUGAUCAUGGUAUAGAUGUGUUAUAGAUGCUGUCUGAACAUGGUAUAGAUGUGUUAUAGAUGCUGUCUGAACAGCAUCUAUAACCACUCCUGAGUGGCGCAGUGGUCUAAGGCACUGCAUCGCAGUGCUAACUGUGCCACUAGAGAUCCUGGUUCGAAUCCAGGCUCUGUCGCAGCCGGCCGCGACCGGGAGACUCAUGGGCGGCGCACAAUUGGCCCAGCGUCGUCUAGGGUAGGGGAGGGAAUGGCCGGCAGGGAUGUAGCUCAGUUGAUAGAGCAUGGCGUUUGCAACGCCAGGGUUGUGGGUUAGAUUCCCACGGGGGGCCAGUAUAAAAAAUAAAUAAAUAUGUAAUCACUAACUGUAAGUCGCUCUGGAUAAGAGCGUCUGCUAAAUGACUAAAAAUGUAAAUGUAAAUGUAUAGAUGUGUUAUAGAUGCUGUCUGAACAUGGUAUAGAUGUGUUAUAGAUGCUGUCUGAAGAUGUUAUAGAUGCUGUCUGAACAUGGUAUAGAUGUGUUAUAGAUGCUGUCUGAAGAUGUUAUUAAUGCUGUCUGAACAUGGUAUAGAUGUGUUAUAGAUGCUGUCUGAACAUGGUAUAGAUGUGUUAUAGAUGCUGUCUGAAGAUGUUAUUAAUGCUGUCUGAUCAUGGUAUAGAUGUGUUAUAGAUGCUGUCUGAUCAUGGUAUAGAUGUGUUAUAAAUGCUGUCUGAUCAUGGUAUAGAUGUGUAUAGUCCCUACACCCAAACGAGGACAUUGCGUUCAUCCACCUCUGGCCUGCUGGCUCCCCUUCCUCUGCGGAAGCACAGCUCCCCCUCAGCCCAGUCAAAACUGUUCGCUGCUCUGGCACCCCAAUGGUGGAACAAGCUCCCUCACGACGCCAGGACAGCGGAGUCACUCACCACCUUCCGGAGACAUUUGAAACCCCACCUCUUUAAGGAAUACCUGGGAUAGGCUAAAGUAUUCCUUCUAACCCCCCCCCCCCCCCCCCCCCCCCCCCCCCCCCCCCCAAAUUGUAAAGUGGUUAUCCCACUGGCUAUAGGGUGAACGCACCAAUUUGUGAGUCGCUCUGGCUAAGAGCGUCUGCUAAAUGACGUUAAUGUGCCCUUGAGCAAGGCACUUAACCCUAAUUGCUCCUGUAAGUCGCUCUGGUUAAGAGCGUCUGCUAAAUGACUAAAAUGUAAAUGUUAUAGAUGCUGUCUGAACAUGGUAUAGAUGUGUUAUAAAUGCUGUCUGAUCAUGGUAUAGAUGUGUUAUAGAUGCUGUCUGAACAUGUUAGAAUUGCCCUGAAGCACAACAGAUGACUAGGCUCCAGCAUACAAACAUGAUGAUCCAUAGUUUUAUUCACUCCUUCAUCAGUCCUUUCUUCCCUACAUAGUGCACUACUUUUGAACAUAGCCCUAUGGACCACUAUGAGCCCUGGCCAAAAGUAGUGCACUAUAUAGGGAAUAGGGUGCCAUUUGGUUCGCAACUUAAAUGCCCGCUGAUGUCUUCCUUCAUCCCUCUUUCAUCUCUCUCUCUCCAGUUCAGAGAAGACCCAGCUGAAGUGGGCGGGCCGUCGCCUGGAGACAGACGUGUGUGUGGCGGGUCAACAGGCCCCCGACCCGGAUGUCAUCCAGAACUACGUGAAGAAGGUCACCAUUAGUACUAAUGCACAGAUCUAGGAUCAGCUUACUACUCCCACUCAGCUCCACUCUGGGAGGAGUUGCCCAUAGGCACAGAUCUAGGAUCAACAAAUUCCUCCCAAAUUUGAGCUUAAAGGGACAUUACACUCCAGAAUUCCUCCCCAAAUGUUAACCUUAAUAUUUGACAGGAAAGAGACUAGGGGAAAGCUUAUCCUACUUCCCUUGGAUGCUGCUUACUCUUCUCCUUCCCCUACUGGUUAUGUACACCUGUAUCAUUCUUUAGGUCAAUGGAGAGGAGAGGAGAGGAGAGGAGAGGAGAGGAGAGGAGAGGAGAGGAGAGGAGAGGAGAGGAGAGGAGAGGAGGCCACUUUAGACUAUUGAGAUGCCCCCCUAAAGUCACGAUCAGCUGUGACAUCAUCAUUUAACAACCACAAACACCUUAGUAUUACAGUAUAGUAGUGAAUUCAUCUCAUUCUACAGCGACCAUGAGAAGUGAACAGGCCUUUAUUGAGGAGAUUUCCAUGUGAACAGGCAGAGCACAAAAGGGAGUGGUGAUUGGAUUGAAAUGCACAGGGCUCAGUAUAAUGUGAUAUGGUCAGGCAGCAUGACAUGAAUAAGCAAUCAGAUAGCAGCCUGGCUGCCAGGAAAUAGCUGAAAAGAACCAUAGACAGGAGCCAAUAGGAGAGUGCGGGACAGGGAGACCGGUCUUAUCACACUGCAGAGGUGGGCACUGCUUCCCUGUGACACACGUACACGCUAAAUAUGAAUAAGUAAAUGUCAAGGAGGUAUAAUAACCUUUUGGUGGGAGUGUGUGACACACACACACGUAUACAUUUUGUAUUUUCACCCCAAUCUUGACAGACUCAAGUGGUGGACAGUAUCUGUUCAGUGUCUCUCCCCACAGGAUGUGUGUAUGUGUGUUGAUUGUCAUUGUGUUGAUUGUGAUUGGUGGAGGGAUGAUAAUGAGGAAAGAGGUCUCAUUAUUGUUGUGUGGUAGUUAGCAUUCUGUGUUCUCUCUGACAAGCCCCUCUCAAACUGUCAGGGUUAAUAUCAACUGACAAUUAACCAGAGGAGCUCUGUGAGGAAGAGGAGAAAGACAGACACACACACACACUAAUGACAAACAGACACACACACACUAAUGACAAACAGACACACACACACACACACACUAAUGACAAACAGACACACACACACUAAUGACAAACAGACACACACAGUGGAUAAUUAGGUUCCUUUGUCAUUAGAAUAUUUGAUCUUUAGGGAUGAUUAGGUUGGCUGUUAAUUUGAAUAAUGUUUUGCAGAAUGUCUGUAGUGUGUAAAUUUGCCUUUGUGUUGGUGAGUGUAUAAAUGAGGCUGUGUGUGUGAAUCAAUAUACCAAGCAUGUCAUCCACAGAACAGUACACCAGAGCUGACUGACAAUGGCAGCCAAAGGCCCCACUGGCCAGAUUUGUAGCUCAUAGGAGAACCUACUAUUAUAAUACAUAGAAUUAAGCAAUAAGGCCAGAGGAGGUGUGGUAUAUGACCAAUGUACCACAGCUAAGGGUUGUUCUUACGCACGACACAAAGUCGUGCCUGGACACAGCCCAGAGUGCCUGGACACAGCCCUUAGCCGUGGUAUAUUGGCCAUAUACCACAAACCCCUGAGGUGCCUAAUUGCUAUUAUAAACUUUGUUACCAACGUAAUUAGAACAGUAAAAAGUAAUUGUUUUGUCAUACCCAUGGUAUACGGUCUGAUAUACCACGGCUUUAAGAAAAUCAGCAUUCAGGGUUCAAACCACCUAGUUUAUAAUUAUAGAUAUAGCACGGGCCGUUUCUAUUUCUGUAGCCGCCCAUCAAUCCUGUGUGUUGACGUGCCUCACGACAGAUCGCUGCAUGAAGCUGAAUGGCUUGUAUGGAUCAUUAUUUGUUUACAUAAAUAUAUAGACCAAAUUAAAAUCCACCCGUCGAACUGUCCUAUAUCCAUAGUUUCCCUUACACACGUUGCAAUGAUUUCUUCUGCGACAUUGCUUUUGUCUAAUAAACCUGGUCAAUGGAAACCUGCCUACUGUGUGUGUGUGUGUGUGUGUGUGUGUCCAGAUCCAGGAUGCGGCGGAGCAGGGUGUGCUGUUUGUGGGCUUCCUGCAGCAGCCUGGUGGGGGACCCUGUUUCCUGGGGCACAUGGACCCUGAAGACCUGUCCUCCCUGCACUCCAGCCCCUCCCCCAUACACAGACACCCUGCCAGUACCACAGCCCGCUGCUCAGAACCCACUAUAACAGAACUCAGCCCUACAGACUCUACAGAACCCCACCAGAACCUCCUAGAACCAGAACACGACCGGAACACAGAACUGAAAACACCAGAAUACAAGUCGGUAGAACUCAGAACAAUUGAACAGAACCCUACAGAUACCAGUCAGGUGGAGCUGGACUUGAGCUCAACAGAACUGGUAGAAAACACACAGGUCUCUACUUCAGUUGAGUCAACAGACAGAGAACACAUCCACAGUCCAGUCAGAAUACCCUCAAUAGAGGACCAACCAAACCACUGUCCAAUAGAACCAGCAGAACCACCAGAGAGACUGCAGAGUCCCAGCCCAAUAGAUCCAGCCUGUGACCAACAGAAUCACAACCACGUCCCAACUGAACUCCGUGGCGACCAGGAUCAACUACAGUCCUGCAACCCAAUAGAGACCACAUGUAUAGAGAGACAACAGAAUGAAAGCCAAGCAGACUUCAUCAGGACUCUACUACCAAACUUCAGCCCGGCAGAGUUAACACAUGGACUUGGUGGUCCAGACGCAGACAGACAGCGCCAGGGAGACAUAAAGAGUCCAAGCCCUCAGACACAGAACCAGAGAUGGAUACCGGAACAGUUCUACAGCACAGACGACCUGGUCCGGUCACCAGAACUAGACAACGCCGACCGCGGGUCGGAGUCCGGGGCUGAGAGGGGGUGCAACCGUGGAAACGGGGGUACGGACGGUGACCUGGAUGAGCAUCAGAGGAGCAGCAGAGUCCCGACCCACAACAACAACAAUCACAUCCGGGUCAAGAGUCCAGACAGAGAUAAGAGGGCUGUGGGGUCUCCACCAGCACAGAGCAGUGAGUGUGGAAUCUAUUACUGUUUCGACUACAUUAUUGACAGGCGGCUGAUGUGGCAUUGCCAUGAGUUGGAGUUUAUACUGAAUAUUGCAAUGUUGAUUCAUUUCAGUCUUGUGUAUUUCCUGGCAAAAUUAAAAAACAUAUUAUUUGUGCCUCUCUUUCUGUGUGUGUGUGUGUGUGUGUGUGUGUGUGUGUGUGUGUGUGUGUGUGUGUGUGUGUGUGUGUGUGUGUGUGUGUGUGUGUGUGUGUGUGUGUGUGUGCGUGCGUGCGUAGGGGUGCAGCUGUUUGCCCUCUACAACCACACGGGGGAGCUGUCCAGCUCUCUGAGGUUCUACUCCCUCAGGGUUCCGCUGGGGCUGCAGAGAGAGGCAGGGUUAGUGACAGAGGUCGAUGCCCACUGGCUAGAUCACAUGACCCAGCAUUUCACCAGUGGAGCUCGCCUCAUCGACGGUUUCUUUCACCUUGGAGACGACAAUGGUAUGUUUGGCACAAUGGUGAUGUGCUAUAGUAGCCUGAGUGUCAGUCUGUUUGUGCUGUCAUGCCAACUCCUUGUCACUCGUUGGCGUGCCAAACACUCUGUUCUCCUCGAGCUCAUUAAUGGCAGCAUGUUCAUAUUUGAAGAUUGCUGAGAGGCCAGACUGUUUGGCUUGUCAAUGAGCACUGGAGUUGGCAAGAGCACAAACUGAUCUGGGACAAGGCUAGUGUUGUAGUGUUUAAAGAAAUAGAGCCUGCACACUCAUAAGCUUCACCACGUACCUUUAUUCACAAACAAACAACGUUUCCAUCCUGCAAGGAUAAUUGUCACGUCAUCAGGUUAUAGUGUUUACCAUGGCAAUAUACUGAAAACUUUUUGAACUUAGGGGGAAAUGUUAAAGGCCUACUUGGAAAGUGUGUAGGCUCAGCCUUAUCCAUGUUCCUUCACGCAUGAUGCAUGGAAGGACAUGCAAAGCCAAGAUCGGAUCAACUCUCUAUCUCUUCCAAAUCUGUGGAGGAGAUUCAACUGUAACAGAAGAAGUUGCGCUUCUCUCUCUGUCUCCGUCUCUCUCUCUUUCUCUCCCUGUCUGUCUCUCCCUGUCUCUGUCUCUCUGUCUCUCCCUGUCUCUGUCUCUCUGUCUCUCACUCUCUCUCUGUCUCUGUCUCUGUCUGUCUCUCACUCUCUCUGUCUCUGUCUCUCUGUCUUUCACUCUCUCUCUGUCUCUGUCUCUCUCUGUCUCACUCUUUCUGUCUCUCUGUCUUUCACUCUCUCUCUCUGUCUCUCACUCUCUCUCUGUCUCUGUCUCUCUCUUUCUCUCCCUGUCUCUGUCUCUGUCUUUCACUCUCUCUCUCUGUCUCUCUGUCUCACUCUCUUUCUCUCUCUCACCCUCUUUCUCUCUGUCUUUCACUCUCUCUCUCUGUCUCCCACUCUCUGUCUCUGCAUCUGUCUCUCUGUCUCUCUCUCUCUGUCUCACUCUCUCUUUCUCUAUCUGUCUCUCUCCCUGUCUCUCUCUUUCACUCUCUCUUUGUCGCUGUCUCUCACUCUCUCUGUCUCUCUCUCUCGCUCUCUCUCUGUCUCACUCUCUCUCUGUCUCACUCUCUGUCUCUCUCUCUCUCUUUCAGACAGCGGGGUCUCCUCCGUGGACAGUGUGUUCAUCUUUCAGAGCUCCUCAGAAGAAACCCCACCCAUUUCAUACGACGCCAUUGUGGUGGAGCAGUGGACCAUUGUUGAUGUUAGUGUGUGUGUGUGUGUGUGUGUGUGUGUGUGUGUGUGUGUGUGUGUGUGUGUGUGUGUGUGUCCAUUGUCGACGUGUGUGUAACACUGUUUUUGUCCUCUCCAGGGUGUAGUGGUAAGGACUGACUACAUCCCCUUGCUCCAGUCUCUGGCUCCCUAUGGCUGGAGGCUGAUGUGUGUUCUGCCUACUCCCAUCGUUAAGACCAACAGGUACUGUCCAAACCAGGAAGGAACACUAGGUAGUAGGCACUAUACCAGCCUAGUAUUGGCUAAUACUUACAGUAUUUCUGUAAACCAGGGAUGGGCAACUGGCGUCCGCCCCCUUUUUGAAGGCCCUCGGAUCAAUUUCCAACCCCCAAAGAAUUAUAAAUAUUUUAUAUAUUUUAUUUUUAAUUUUUUUAAUUUUAGGAACUCAGUCUGGGUCUCAACUUCGUGUUGCGAGUUAGAAUAGUAGAAUAGGUGCAAGUUCGAAAUUUGGUGGUGCAUCAGCAGUUUUUCUCUUGUUUUUCUCUUGUUAUGUCAGUCACUGAUAGUCAGUCAAUUAGCCCAUGUCAGCUAACAUUUUUUAUUGCGAAAGUUACUUUAGCGGCCAGCUAUCUAAACUUGUUAUCCUGGUUGAAUUACAUUUUACAUUUACAUUUUACUCAUUUAGCAGACGCUCUUAUCCAGAGCGACUUACAGGAGCAAUUAGGGUUAAGUGCCUUGCUCAAGGGCACAUUUACGUCAUUUAGCAGACGCUCUUAUCCAGAGCGACUUACAAAUUGGUGCAUUCACCCUAUAGCCAGUGGGAUAACCACUUUACAAUUAUUAAUAUUUUUUUUUGGGGGGGGGGGGGGGGUAGAAGGAUUACUUUAUCCUAUCCCAGGUGUUCCUUAAAGAGGUGGGGUUUCAAAUGUCUCCGGAAGGUGGUGAGUGACUCCGCUGUCCUGGCGUCGUGAGGGAGCUUGUUCCACCAUUGGGGUGCCAGAGCAGCGAACAGUUUUGACUGGGCUGAGCGGGAACUAUGCUUCCGCAGAGGAAGGGGAGCCAGCAGGCCAGAGGUGGAUGAACGCAAUGCCCUCGUUUGGGUGUAGGGACUGAUCAGAGCCUGAAGGUACGGAGGUGCCGUUCCCCUCACUGCUCCAUAGGCAAGCACCAUGGUCUUGUAACGGAUGCGAGCUUCAACUGGAAGCCAGUGGAGUGUGCGGAGGAGGGGGGUGACGUGAGAGAACUUGGGAAGGUUGAACACCAGACGGGCUGCGGCAUUCUGGAUGAGUUGUAGGGGUUUAAUGGCACAGGCAGGGAGCCCAGCCAACAGCGAGUUGCAGUAAUCCAGACGGGAGAUGACAAGUGCCUGGAUUAGGACCUGUGCCGCUUCCUGUGUAAGGCAGGGUCGUACUCUCCGAAUGUUGUAGAGCAUGAACCUGCAGGAUCGGGUCACCGCCUUGAUGUUAGCGGAGAACGACAGGGUGUUGUCCAGGGUCACACCAAGGCUCUUCGCACUCUGGGAGGAGGACACAACGGAGUUGUCAACCGUGAUGGCGAGAUCAUGGAACAGUCAGUCCUUCCCCGGGAGGAAGAGCAGCUCCGUCUUGUCAGGGUUCAGCUUGAGGUGGUGAUCCGUCAUCCAUACUGAUAUGUCGGCCAGACAUGCAGAGAUGCGAUUCGCCACCUGGUUAUCAGAAGGGGGAAAGGAGAAGAUUAGUUGUGUAUCGUCAGCGUAGCAAUGAUAGGAGAGGCCAUGUGAGGAUAUGACAGAGCCAAGUGACUUGGUGUAUAGGGAGAAAAGGAGAGGGCCUAGAACUGAGCCCUGGGGGACACCAGUGGUGAGAGCACGUGGUGCGGAGACAGCUUCUCGCCACGCCACUUGGUAGGAGCGACCGGUCAGGUAGGACGCAAUCCAGGAAGGGGAAAUGUGGCAAAGAGCUUCCUAGGGUUAGAGGCAGAUGCUUGGAAUUUAGAGUGGUAGAAAGUGGCCUUAGCAGCAGAAACAGAUGAAGAAAAUGUAGAGAGGAGGGAGUGAAAAGAUGCCAGGUCGGCAGGGAGUUUAGUUUUAAGAAGAAGUAGAAGAGCAACAUCUAGUAAAGAUGAAGUCAAGCGUAUUGCCUGCCUUGUGAGUAGGGGGGGAGGGUGAGGUCAAAAGAGGAGAGGAGUGGAAAGAAGGAGGCAGAGAGAAAUGAGUCAAAUGUAGACGUAGGGAGGUUGAAAUCCCCCAAAACUGUGAAGGGUGAGCCAUCCUCAGGAAAGGAACUUAUCAAGGCGUCAAGCUCAUUGAUGAACUCUCCAAGGGAACCUGGAGGGCGAUAGAUGACAAGGAUAUUAAGCUUAAAUGGGCUAGUGACUGUGACAGCGUGGAAUUCAAAUGAGGAGAUAGGACAGAUGGGUUAGGGGAAAAUUGAGAAUGACCACUUGGGAGAGAUGAGGAUUCCUGUGCCACCACCCCUCUGACCAGAUGCUCUCGGGGUAUGCGAGAACACAUGGUCAGACGAGGAGAGAGCAGUAGGAGUAGCAGUGUUUUCAGUGGUAAUCCAUGUUUCCGUCAGCGCCAGGAAGUCGAGGGACUGGAGGGUAGCAUAGGCUGGGAUGAAGUCAGCCUUGUUGGCGGCAGAACGGCAGUUCCAGAGGCUGCCUGAGACCUGGAACUCCAGGUGUGUGGUGCGUGCAGGGACCACCAGGUUAGAGAGGCAGCAGCCACGCGGUGUGAGGCGUUUGUGUAGCCUGUGCGGAGAGGAGAGAACAGGGAUAGGCAGAGGCAUAGUUGACAGGCUGCAGCAGAUGGCUACAAUAAUGCAGAGGAGAUCGGAAUGAAAUGAACUAAACAUCUGGGAAAGGAGAGAGCAGGCCUCCCUCACCAAAAAAAAUAUAACUCUCCCAACUUCCACCUCAGAAACUAUAAUUGUUUCACUGAACCACCCGAAUAAAACUCUCCCAACUUCCACUUUAGAAAUUAGAAUUGUUGUAAACUACAGCAGACUGUUAUCAGUAGCUGUAAUUAAGUACAGCAGCUACCAACCACCUAACGUUAAUGCCUCGGAUAAGGAGGUUAGAAAAACAGCUGAAUGGUGGCAGCUAGCUGGCUCAAUCACAGGUACUCUUAAGCAUGAAAUAACAUUGGAAACAACUAACCACAGUUGCUAAAAGUUACCAGUAGCUACCCGCUAGCUAGCUAGCUAGCUUUGUUGGUCCAAGUAGUGGGUAAGCUAGCCUCGUGCUUCGCCGGGGUCCGCCGAAUACAAUACUUACCUACAAUAAUUACCUACAAUAACCUACAAUAACUACCUGAGUAAGCUACCUAUAAUACCAAACUACAAUACCUACCUACAAUCUAAAUACAUGGUUUAAGCUUUACUCAACACCAUAUAAGAAGCCAAGCUUACCUUUCAUAACGCAGCAAUGAUUAAACGUUGGGUAGCUAGCGCAAAGAUAUUGUAUUUAGCUACUACAGUACAGCCAGCUGGUAGUGUUGGCUAGCUAGCAAUGGCUGCUGUGUUGACUUUGUUUGAAAAACGGCGUCGCUGCGAACGAAUGUAGCUGGCUAAAAGGAUAUUGUUUUUAGUUGCUACCGUUGCUAAUAGCUACUCGCCAGCUAAUCCAGGAGGUGAGUUAGCUAGCUAGCUUCGUGCUACACCCGGCACCGCCUGUCAAGGCGUGCUGUAGGUGCAGUGGCGGAAUCAAAUGCAGAACGCAGACGGAUAAUCCAACAGAUUUGUAUUGAGUCGAAACACGGCAAACGGACAACACUUGCCCGAAGGCGAAAUACGCACGAAGGCGAAAUACAAACAAAACAGCGCACAAACAGGUGCGUAAACUCCAGCGCAGUGGAGAGAAGCUCAACCGAGCGAAAACACGUCUGACACAAUCAAUAAUACACAACACCUGACACACACAAUGGGAACUAAAUAGGACACUAAUGACACUAAAUGAAAACAGGUGUGACAACACUCAGACAAAAGCAAACGAACAUGAAACAUACAACGGUGGCAGCUAGUACUCCGGAGACAACGAACGCCGAAGCCUGCCCGAACAAGGGAGAGAGGCAGCCUCGGCCGAAACCGUGACACCGCCGAAUACAAAAGUAACCUACAAUAACUACACAACAACUACCCACAACAGCCCACGAUGCCUACCUAUACUACUUAAUAAUAUACAGCCCACGAUGCCUACCUAUAAUACCUAACUACAAUCUAAAUACAUAGUUUAAGCCUUACUCGACAAAGCCCAAGCUAUGUAUAAAGCCAAACUGGCAGACUGCAAUCAGUAGCCGUAAUUAAGUCCGGGGGACCUCCAUUGACUUUGUUAGUUAGUCCCACUCAGAUAUCAUAUUAGAAACUGCAAACAUUUGCCUCCACCCUAUGGGAAAAUGGGUGGAAUUGCAGGAAAUUUGCUGUAAAACAGCUAAUUUCCCUCUCUGCCCCAUGGCAAAUUAGUAGAAUUGCAUGAAAUGAGUUAUAAAAGUACUAAAUAUUCUCUACACCCCAUGGCAAAAUGUGUAGAAUUGCACAAAAUGAACAACUGCGGCCCGUCAUGAUGCGUUACCGACUUUUGGUUGCCCCAACCCCUAUCAAAGUUGCCCAUCCCUGCUGUAAACCAUACCAAACAUUGGAACACUGCACAUCAUUUGGAACACAAUUACCUUUCACAUUUUGUCACAUCACAAGAUCCAGUAAAAGACCCAGAAUAAGACAAAGAGACAGUUCUAAUAUCAAGUUACAAGAUGUGUGGCAAGUACUGAUGUGAUUCACAUAGUAUUAAUAGCAUUGUUCUCUCCUCAGUGAUGGCAGCUUGUCCACAAAGCAGAUCCUCUUCCUCCAGAGACCUGCCCUGCAACGCAAAAGGAAAGACUUCAAGGUUCCUCACCAUAUUUUUUACUCUAAUUCUCCCUCUCGCUCUCCCACUCCCUCUCGCUCUCCCACUCCCUCUCUCUCUCUCUCUCUCUCGCUCUCCCACUCCCUCUCUCUCUCUCCCUCUCUCCCUCUCUCCCUCUCUCACUCUCUCUCUCUCCCUCUCUCUCCCUCUCUCCCUCUCUCCCUCUCUCCCUCUCCCUCUCUCGCUCUCUCGCUCUCUCUCCCUCUCGCUCUCUCUCUCGCUCUCUCUCUCGCUCUCUCUUGCUCUCCCACUCCCUCUCUCUCCAUCUCUCGCUCUCUCUCCCUCUCACUCUCUCUCUCUCUCUCCCUCUCACGCUCUCUCUCUCUCUCUCCCUCUCUCCCUCUCUCCCUCCCUCUCGCGCUCUCUCUCUCUCUUCCUCUCUCAAUUCAACUCAAAGGGCUUUAUUGGCAUGGGAAACAUAUGUUUACAUUGCCAAAGCAAGUGAAAUAGAUAAUAAACAAAAGUGAAAUAAACAAUAAAAAAUUAACAGUAAACAUUACACUCACAAAAGUUCCAAAUAUUUAAGUACAAAAGGGAAAAUAAAUCAUCAUAAAUAUGGGUUGUAUUUACAAUGGUGUUUGUUCUUCACUGGUUACCCUUUUCUCUCUCUCUCUCUCUCUCGCUCUCUCUCUCGUAACCUACACAAUGCUGUGUCACAGUUGGUGUCAUUAAAAAGUCAUACUUCUAAAUAUAGCGGUAGAUAACCCAGCUGAGAUAGAACUACUCUGGUUCUGUUAAUGCUCAGAGGGACAGUUCUAUGGUCUAAUAAUAGCCAUUUCUUAGUACAUUACAGUCAAACAGAGAUUUGGUCAAUUAUUUGCAGUUAACUUUCCAAGAGAGAGGCAUCACCGAGAUAGACUUUGUAGUGUUUUUGUCAGGUGUCUGAAGAGAGAGAGAGAGUUUAAAGAAAGAAAAAAAAAAGAAAUCUUUAAAAUGUCUCUCUUUCAGAAGUUGAACCUCAGGGGUCUGAACAAGGCGAAGAAAAACUCUGCCGGAGAAAUGCUGAAAGAGGAGAGAAAGAACACGUCCCCAGUGAUGGAGAGAGGGAUGGAUGGACAGAAGAGGAACACGGAAGAGGAGGAGAGAGAAGAGGAGGAGAGAGAGUGUGAGACAGAAUAUCAAGAAGACUUCCCCCAGGGUACAGAGGAUGGGGCCACAGACCUCAACCAGGAAGUAGAGCAGGAGAAUGGCAAAGUCCCAUUGGCCAGACAGGAGAAGGCUGUUAGGUUUGCAGAUGUCAAUCAGAAGAAUGAUGAAGUGAAGUCAGAGGAGAAGAUCACACAGCAGCUGAGUGAAAGAGCGCUGUUUUCUGGAGUAUGUUAAUUAAGAACUGACAGAUAGAAUCAGGGCCCGUGGUCAAUAAAGCAUCUCAGAGUAGGAGUGCUGGAGUGUAUUCAUUAUGGCGAUUCUGUUGCAAAACAUUUCAUCUGUUGCAAAACGUUUUGCGAACAGAAACUGUUUACUCCGAACGGAAAACGUUUUGCAAUGGAAACUAUCGUUUCUAUUGGACGAAUUCAGGUAGGUCCCUCCCUGUUUCGUUCCAUUUGCUCUGUUUGCUUCCGUUUGGUUCUUAAACAGUAAAUGGUUUCCGUUAAAGGACGUAAUGAAUGCCCCCAUGAUCUAGGUUCAGUUUUAUCUCCUAAAGCAUAAUGAAUAAGCAGGGGUAACUGAUCCUAGAUCAGCACUCCUACUGUGAGACACUUUGUGAAUACAAGCCCUGACCUGGCUUCAAAUAGUAUUUAUAAGAUUGCUUGUAUGGUGCCUUGCCUGGAUGGAACCAAUGGAAUAUUCCCAAAAGUGCAAACCCAGCCCACAUGACACUCUAGGCAGGCUCAUGUAAGUUGUAAGAUUUCUAACUAUUUUGUCCCAGUACUGGAAGUACUAAAUAAACAGAAUGACAGAAGAUGAAGAACUAUGUGGAUAUUCUAAGAACUAGUAGCUCAUCGACGGAAACCAAGGCUCUUACCAGAAUGGUGAUUUAGUUCAAAGCCUUUAUAUUCCUGCUAUUGUCAUAUAUAGAUUUCUAUAUGGAUCUGUGUAUAUUCAUAUGGGCUGCUGCCAACAUGUAACGGCUUCAAUCAGCCUUCAAGGCACACAUUUCACCUUUUGACCUCUGUUGCCUCAGAUGUUGUCAUGUGGAGUAGGGUGAAGUUGCCCGUAGACGCUGAUCUUGGGUAAAUUUAACAUUUCCUCCACCAAUGGUUAAGGUUAGGAUUGGGGCAGGGGAAGCUGAUCCUAGAUCUGUACCUAUGGCAAACUUCACCCCAGAGUGUUGUAAUGGAUUAGCCUAUUAGGCAUUAAUAUAUGGAGGUGUAUUUGUACAGUUGUUAUGCAUCUGCUUUGGGCCAGUGUCAUUGGUUCAUGUAGUGGCCAAUGAGAAUGUGCACAUGAUGUAGGUCAGGGUUUAGAGGUAAGAGCCUUAAUUGCCAUGGUAACAUAAAUGUUUUCCCCUACCUAUGGAUCACUGUUUAUAGAUCUAUAUGUAUCAAAGAAUACUGUACAUUUAAGUAGAUACUCUACUUCUCUAUUUAACCCAUUAUAGUCAAGGUCUAUGGCCCUGAGUGAAUACUUAAUCUACAUAUCAUGAUUGGAUAGGUGUCAUGGUUCCACUGCAUAGCUUUCACCUACCAUGUUAUGUCAGGUCAGUGAUUAUACUUUAUGGAAGGGAUUUAUGGAGUACAUUUUAGGAAUAUUUGUACGGCGCCAUAGUCCUCUUCCUGCUCUGGAAGUGUGUUGUGUGAGUGGUGUGGUAUGCAAGUCUUUGGUAGUGUCCUAAAUGGUAACGUAUUCCCAUUCAGCUCUGGUCAAAAGCAGUACACUAUGUAGGGAAUAGGGUGCCAUUUGGGACGUAGCCUCCUAUUACAGACAAACAGGAGGAAUAAACAGUUCACAAAACAAUAUGUGGAUUCCAUUUUCUUUUAUUUCAACCUGCAUUCAAAUUAUACUGAUGUCUGUGUAAUCUCCUCAGUCUCCCUACAUCUGAGGAGCAAAAACUCUGAAAAAUAUGUUAAAAUCAUCACGGCAACCCCCACAGAGAAACGAAAACCAGAAACCAUCUGAGGGAGACGUCAUGCUAUGGACCAAUCAGGCACCACCUGGAGGUUCCAUUACAGUGCACCAUGGGAGAUCCCCUCUGCCCCUGUACGCAAACUCAUUUGAGUAUGUGAGACGUGUGUAAUAGUCCCCCGUAGCUCAGUUGGUAGAGCAUGGCGCUUGCAACGCCAGGGUUGUGGGUUCGUUUCCCAAGGGGGGCCAAUAUGAAAAUGUAUGCACUCACUAACUGUAAAUCGCUCUGGAUAAGAGCGUCUCCUAAAUGACUAAAAUGUAAAUGUAAUUUCAGGCCUGUAUGAGUGUGUUUGGAGGAAGUUGUGAUGUGAGCGGAAGAGAGAGAUGGGAUAAGGGGACAUUUGCCAGGAUGUGGGGGAGAUAUGUUUUAAGGUCUACAUAGUUUUUACUUUCUAUAAAUACUAUUGCUGGUGUGAUGAUCUCUCUAGCCCCUUUAUACCUAAUGCAAACAAUGUAUCCUGAUCUUGUCCACAUUCUGAUUGUCCCUGAUAGUGAUUGGAUUAUCUUGAUCGGAUCACAAAAAACACAUGUUAAUGCGAGGUGUAACCAUUGCUAUAAAUAACUUUUUUGAGAGCGGGCAUCUGCAAGAUUAAAACCUGGGACCUUCUGGUCCACAUCUGGUUUAUUUUAUUUGACUCUCACCUGUAAUCUCCAACCACUGACCUGUCAUUCUAAGCUCUGCCCCCCAUUCAACCAGUCUCAUCGUCCCUGACUACUUCCGAAGGUGGUCAGAAAGAUCUGAUCACACUCAGAUCCGCUUUAGCCGAUCACACUCAGAUCCGCUUUAGCCGACAUCCGCAUAGCGGUUGUUUUGACGUGUUAGAGCUGUCAAAUCCACAAGUGGCUCCUGGCAUUAUACCUAAAGCAGACAUUGCCAUUGGCUACACUGGAGUUCUCAUUAACAGAAAUCCCAUGCAGCCUUGUUUAACAAGUUCGAACACUGGAAUGUGAGAUGUAAUCUACACCUUGAUUAGGCUGAUAGAAAUCCUCAUUAUUUCUAUAUAGCCUACACUUGCUCAUUCUGACCUAAUGUGAGUGGGGUGGGUGUGGCUUCAUGACAAUGAUCAAUAGCUGCUGCUCACCGAUUUGACAGCUCCAACGCAGUUACACCUCCAAAACAUCAGCUAUGCGGGAGUGGGCUAUCGCCGGUUAACGCUUGAGCUGAGUGAAUGUAGGCCUUAAUUGUCUAAACUUCAAAAAAUGUGGACAAUAUGAGUAUGCAUUUUAGCACCAGGUAUAAACAGGGCUUUUGAUGGGUGGGUUGUCUGAAAAACGAAAACCUUUAUAAAUGACCUCUGCUGCAAGAAAUAAAUAAGAUUCAGUUAUCAAAUAUUUAUCCUGUACCGAAUUGUACAUACACAUUCUUUACUCAAAUACAAUAGCCCUGAAUAAAAUGAAUAUUUUCUUAAUUAGUUUGAUACAGAAAAAGUCACUCAGAAAAUAGGUGGGAGGGCAAGAUUGAGUUUCUAACCGUCACUGAGGUGAGGACAGUUUGAGUGUUUCUCCACUGGGCAACGAUCCAUAUAGUGGAUCAUCAGGAAAGCUAUAUACACACACAUUAUAGUGCACUUCACACAGGUCAGAGGUCAACAUCAGCCAGGCUCAGAUCAAUGGCCCCGUACACACUCUCGGAAUGUACAACUGAUGUUCAUUGCAUUUGGUGAACACUCGAGUCAGGUGAUAGUUGAAUAUUCCGGUAAAGAGAGAUGAGUUCAGUUGCGCGUUAAUUUGUUCAAAUUGUAGCCGAGUCGAGCCAGUUGUUCAAGUUGGUACCUGGUAGAAAUACAUGUUCAGGUGAGGGUAAAAUAAAUCAAAUGAUGCGGCCAGGUCACACCUGCGGAGAAAUAUGGUCCAAUGUCCCACAAAAUGUUGCCAUGGUAACAUGGGCGGGUGCGUGGUCUGGGUGGUGUGUGUUGGGUUGGUCUUUGAACUCAUAGGUACUGGGGGAGAGAGCAGGGUGGGUCCUCCCACCAUUGAUAUCCACUAGCCAGUGAUGCAGCAGUGGAUAGUUAGGCCGGGGUGAGUGAUGAUGAAGAGGUCUGUUUCUAGUACACACUACCACCACUUCUCAAACAGUAUCCUGUCCCGGGAUAGGCCUAGGCUGAGCAGGGUCUGGACCAUGCUCUCUAUCAUGGGUGGAGGGCCACACAGGUAACACAGAGUAGUGUUAGGGUCGACGUGAUGACGCAACUCCCCCUCUGAUAGCCUCCCACCUGGGGAAGAUCAAAUCAACAUUUAUUUAAAGUUUCAUUUUAAAAAACAAGACAUGGAAAACGUACUUUCAUAUAGUGCUGUCAUUUUGUGAACUAGCAUUCAUUUAAAUAAAUUGAAUGUAUUUUUUUGCAGCCAAUGGAAACAUAUCCAGUUAAAAUAUAGAUCACUUCAAUGCCACAAAGUAUACAAACCCGUUGCAGAUUAUAUCAGUAAACAUUUGUAGUUGUGUUGAGGUCAUUCUGUAGUACUUACGGUUCAUGUACGGUUGGAGUUCCUGGUCGAUGUCUGCCGUCUGUGCAGUGAUGUGGAAGUCACAGGAGAAUUUCUCUGGGAAUUCUUUACACACGUCUAUGAUGGUUUUCUGAGAGCAGAGAAGAGGUCUCAUUCACCCACCCACACACACACCCUGAUAUAAUACAAAUAGAUAUACUGAUACAAAUACACUGAACGAAAAUAUAAACGCAACAUGUAAAGUGUUGGUACCAUGAGCUGAAAUAAAAGAGCCCAGAAAUGUUCCAUACGCACAAAAAGCUUAUUUCUCUCAAAUUUUGUGCACAAAUGUUUACAUCCCUGUUAGUGAGCAUUUCUCCUUUGCCAAGAUAAUCCAUCCACCUGACAGGUGUGGCAUUUCAAGAAGCUUAUUAAAAAGCAUGAUCAUUACACAGGUGCACCUUGUGCUGGGGAGAAUAAAAGGCCCCUCUAAAAUGUGCAGUUUUGUCACACAACACAAUGCCACCGAUGUCUCAAGUUUUGAGGGAGCGUGCAAUUGGCAUGCUGACUGCAGGAAUGUCCACCAGAGCAGUUGCCAGAAGAUGGAACGUUCAUUUCUCUACCAUAAGCCGCCUCCAACGUCAUUUUAGAGAAUUAGGCAGUAAGUCCAACCGGCCUCACAACCGCAGACCACGUGUAACAAGCCAGCCCAGGACCUCCACAUCCAGCUUCUUCAACUGCGGGAUUGUCCGAGACAGCUGAUGAAAAUGUGGGAUUGCGCAACCGAAGAAUUUCUGCAAAAACUGUCAAAAACCGUCUCAGGGAAGCUCAUCGGCAUGCUCGUUGUCCUCACCAGGGUCUUGACCUGACUGCAGUUCAGUGUCGUAAACGACUUCAGUGGGCAAAUGCUCACCUUCGAUGGCCACUGGCACGCUGAAUAAGUGCUCUUCACAGAUUAAUCCCGGUUUCAACUGUAACGGGCAGAUGGCAGACAGUGUGUAUAGUGUCGUGUGGGCGAGCGGUUUGCUGAUGUUAACGUUGUGAACAGAGUGCCCCAUGGUGGCGGUGGGGUUAUGGUAUGGGCAGGCAUAAGCUACGGACAACGAACACAAUUGCAUUUUAUCGAUGGCAAUUUGAAUGCACAGAGAUAACGUGAUUAGAUCCUAAAGCCCAUUGUCGUGCCAUUCAUCCACCGCCAUCACUUCAUGUUUCAGCAUGAUAAUGCACUGCCCCAUGUCACAAGGAUCUGUACACAAUUCCUGGAAGCUGAAAAUGUCCCAAUUCUUCCAUGGCCUGCAUACUCACCAGACAUGUCACCCAUUGAGCAAGUUUGGGAUGCUCUGGAUCGACAGCGUGUUCCAGUUCCCGCCAAUAUCCAGCAAACUUCACACAGCCAUUGAAGAGGAGUGGGACAAUAUUCCAUAGGUCACAAUCAACAACCUGAUCAACUCUAUGUGAAGGAGAUGUGUUGCGCUGCAUGAGGCAAAUGGUGGUCACACCAGAUACUGACUGGUUUUAUGAUCCACACCCCUACUUUUUUUUCUAGGUAUCUGUGACCAACAGAUGCAUAUCUGUAUUCCCAGUCGUGAAAUUCAUAGAUUAGGGCCUAAUUUAUUUAUUUCAAUUUAUUUAUUUCCUUAUAUGAACUGUAACUCAAUAAAAUCUUAGAAAUUCUUGCAUGUUGCGUUUAUAUAUUUUUUCAGUAUAUAUAUAUUGAUACAAAUACUUGCAUUGACAACCACCCUCACUCAGGGGCAACACUAGCACACUAGUGAUGUGCGGGUCAGCUGUUUGUUCUAACAUCCCAUCCGCAACCGCCCGACUAUAUGUGAUAAAGUGAAAAUCUGAGGCCCGCACCCAACCCUAACCUGCUAAUAUAGAAAAUGCGCUGUACAGUCAGAUCGCGGAAAGAUUUUUUGACAGGCCUAUUUUUCUGCUUAUAAUUUCCUACAUUUUAGCAGGCUAUUUGUUAGUCAACUUGUAUAAUUAGAUACAUGCAGCUUCUUUUCUGUCAUUACUUGUUGCCCCAGAAGAUGAAAUAAACCCUUGCUCACCAGAAUAACGUCAUAAAUCGAUAGAAUGAAUGGGGGGUUAUCUUGAUUAUUGUCCAGUCAUAUGGUCAAGUGCUGCAAAGAAGGACCUAGUUAAGCUGCAGCUGGCCCAGAAUAGAGCAGCAUGUCUUGCUCUUCAUUGUAAUCAGAGGGCUAAUAUCAAUACUAUGCAUGCCGGUCUCUCUUGGCUAGGUGUUGAGGAAAGACUGACUGCAUCACUUCUAGUGUUUAUAAGAAACAAUGUGUUGGAAACUUCUAAUUGUUUGCAUAGUCAAUUUACAGACAGCACUGACACACACACACUUUCCCCCACCAGACAUGCCACCAGGGGUCUUUUCACAGUCCCCAGGUCCAGAACAAAUUCAAGGAAACGUACAGUAUUAUACAGAGCCAUGAUUGCAUCUUAUAUAGCGCAAGUGAACAGCAAACCUGGUUUCAAAAAACAAAUAAAGCAACACCUCACGGCACAACGCCUCUCCCCCAUGUGACCUAAUUGUUGUGUACUGACAUGUGUAACUGAUACAGUGGCUUGCGAAAGUAUUCACCCCCCUUGACAUUUUUCCUAUUUUGUUGCCUUACAACCUGGAAUUAAAAUUGAUUUUUUGGGGGUUUGUAUCAUUUGAUUUACACAACAUGCCUACCACUUUUUUGUGAAACAAACAAGAAAUAAGACAAAGAAACAGAAAACUUGAGCGUGCAUAACUAUUCACCCCCCCAAAGUCAAUACUUUGUAGAGCCACCUUUUGCAGCAAUUACAGCUGCAAGUCUCUUGGGGUAUGUCUCUAUAAGCUUGGCACAUCUAGCCACUGGGAUUUUUGCCCAUUCUUCAAGGCAAAACUGUUCCAGCUCCUUCAAGUUGGAUGGGUUCCGCUGGUGUACAGCAAUCUUUAAGUCAUACCACAGAUUCUCAAUUGGAUUGAGGUCUGGGCUUUGACUAGGCCAUUCCAAGACAUUUAAAUGUUUCCCCUUAAACCACUCGAGUGUUGCUUUAGCAGUAUGCUUAGGGUCAUUGUCCUGCUGGAAGGUGAACCUCCGUCCCAGUCUCAAAUCUCUGGAAGACUGAAACAGGUUUCCCUCAUGAAUUUCCCUGUAUUUAGCGCCAUCCAUCAUUCCUUCAAUUCUGACCAGUUUCCCAGUCCCUGCCGAUGAAAAACAUCCCCACAGCAUGAUGCUGCCACCACCAUGCUUCACUGUGGGGAUGGUGUUCUCGGGGUGAUGAGAGGUGUUGGGUUUGUGCCAGACAUAGCGUUUUCCUUGAUGGCCAAAAAGUUCAAUUUUAGUCUCAUCUGACCAGAGUACCUUCUUCCAUAUGUUUGGGGAGUCUCCCACAUGCCUUCUGGCGAACACCAAACGUGUUUGCUUAUUUUUUCUUUAAGCAAUGGCUUUUUUCUGGCCACUCUUCCAUAAAGCUCAGCUCUGUGGAGUGUAUGUCUUAAAGUGGUCCUAUGGACAGAUACUCCAAUCUCCGCUGUGGAGCUUUGCAGCUCCUUCAGGGUUAUCUUUGGUCUCUUUGUUGCCUCUCUGAUUAAUGCCCUCCUUGCCUGGUCCGUGAGUUGUGGUGGGCGGCCCUCUCUUGGCAGGUUUGUUGUGGUGCCAUAUUCUUUCCAUUUUUUAAUAAUGGAUUUAAAUGGUGCUCUGUGUGAUGUUCAACGUUUCGGAUAUUUUUGUAUCACCCAACCCUGAUCUGUACUUCUCCACAACUUUGUCCCUGACCUGUUUGGAGAGCUCCUUGGUCUUCAUUGUGCCGCUUGCUUGGUGGUGCCCCUUGCUUAGUGAUGUUGCAGACUGGGGCCUUUCAGAACAUGUGUAUAUAUACUGAGAUCAUGUGACAGAUAAUGUGACACUUAGAUUGCACACAGGUGGACUUUAUUUAACUAAUUAUGUGACUUCUGAAGGUAGUUGGUUGCACCAGAUCUUAUUUAGGGGCUUCAUAGCAAAGGCGGGUGAAUACAUACGCAUGCACCACUUUUCCGUUAUUCAUUUUUUUGAAUUUUCAUUUCACUUCACCAAUUUGGACCAUUUUGUGCAUUACAUGAAAUCCAAAUAAAAAAUCAAAUUAAAAUUACAGGUUGUAAUGUAACAAAAUAGGAAAAACGCCAAGGGGGAUGAAUACUUUUGCAAGGCACUGUAGAUGCACACACACACUACGUGUUAAUGUUUUUAAAUGUAUGUAAAUUGUAAAGAGUUUUGUCUGUAGUCUUUUUCAUUAUGUGUCAGACCCUAGUAAGACCAGCUGUUGCCAUUGGCGUUGGCUAAUGGGGAUCCUAAUAUAGUAAAAUCUAAAUCAUUUCUGCUUCUCUCACACAGCAAAGACGUUAAGGGACGGCAGGGAAAAUGCAAUAAUGCAAAAAAAUGAAAGAUUUUCCAUGCAAAUUUUUCAAAAUUACAUCAGUUUGACCGGUUUAAGGAAAAGAAAAGCUGUUAAAACGACCGAACAUUUUUUGGAUAAGAUUUCAGUUUGGCUUAGAUGCAUAUUUUGUGGUUGAAAUACUAAUCAGCUUAUAUGAUGCUGAUAAAAAUAGCACCGCCACAUUUACAGACGGUCCCUAACCGCGUAUUCAUUCUCUAUGCUGAAAUAAAUAAAUCAUAUUUCUCCACUCCUGUUCCCCGAGUCAAAAUUGACAUUUAGUGUAUCAUUUUACUGUAAGAAAUGAGUGUCCAGAUUUCAGUUAGGCUACUAUUCCAUUUAACCCAUCUGAACAGUCCAGUUCCCUUGAUGUGCCAUUUUGAAGUCCCUGUCUUGUGAUUUGGCAGUUGGUGUGUAUUUGGACCACUACAGUUAGGCCCUAAAGCUUAGGCUACGCACUAACGCCAGAUAGAACUAAUAAAAGAAAAAACUAUAUGUAGCCUAUAGAUAUGAAUGAUAUCUACAGUAAAGCCUACAUUGAGGGUUUUUUCACAAUAUUUAUACAUUUAUGGAUUUUUUAAUGCAUUUUCUCUUUAUUCAACCCGCCUGCCCCCCACCUGCCUUUCAUCAACACAAUAUUUCAUGACCCUAAACCCACCCGCCCCGCGGAUAUAGCCACAGGGACUGCGGGUUAUGAGUCAACCCGCACAUCUCUCUCUCUCUCCCUCCCCCUCUGUUUCUCUCUCUCUCACCUUGAAGAGCAACUCUUGUGCGUUCUUGGCGCUGUAGCAGAGGUGGGUGGAGCCUAUGUCAUAGCCCCUCCCUACGUUAGCGGGGUUCUGUCGUAGCAGGUCAGCGGCGUGGAGCAGGAUGGAGUAUAGAGGGUUAAUGCCCACGCCCCCUGCCACCAACAACAGGUCAACACAGGGGUCAGAGGGCAGGGGGUCAAAGAAGAAGUUACCGCCCACACGCAUCGCUACAUGGGAGUCGACAGUGCACUGUGAGAGAGAGACAGAGAGAGAGAAAGAAGAA